UUAUUGUCUUGUCAGAGGACAGUGUUAGCAUUGAGAAUAAUUUAUCAAUAACAAAAAUUAGUCAACACUCCACUCAUGGCCUAAUGAAGGUUGUUGUAGCUAAUUCCUGUUCUUUAUUUGGUACAUAUUGAAGUUGUGUUAAACCUACAAUCAUAAUAGGUCUGGUAACAAAAAGUAAGAUAUCCAGUAAAGAUCACAGGUGUCUAGCUUUUCUUUAUAAAUGAGUUCAGACAAGCCGCCCCCUAGCAGCACUAAUGAUUCUAAGGAGACAGCUCCUGGUACAUCUUAUUCAGGACGAGGGCGGAACUUGAGUGAAAGUUCAGAUCAAGGUUCUAAAAGACAGAGGACAUUAAGUGAAAGUUUGUUUCCUGGAUUGACAAGUGCUUCUCCUCCAAAAUUUGUUUCUUUAGAAGAGAUAAUAUCAGCCGCAAAAGGAAUGGCAAAUAUGGCUCUAGCUCAUGAAAUUGCUGUUGAUAGCACUUUUGAACUAGGAAAAAGGGAACCUCCAGAAAAUAGCUUGCACAAGCGAGUGAAGGAUACAGUAUUCAAGGCAUUCUGGGACAUUCUUAGCCAACAACUACAGGAAGAUCCACCCAACUAUACACAAGCACUGGUUCUGUUGUCAGAAAUAAAAGAGACAUUGCUAUCAUUGCUAUUACCACAUAAUACUAAACUGAAAGAAGAAAUCGAAGAAGUUCUAGACAUUGAGUUGAUAAGACAGCAGGUUGAAAACGGCUCACUAGAUUUUCAGUACUAUGCCAACUAUGUUAUAAGUUUGAUGGCCAAGAUGUGUACUCCAGCUCGAGAUGAGAACAUAAACAAGCUUAAACAGGAAUCUGACACUGUUGCUGUAUUCAAAGGCAUUUUAGAGACUCUGGAACUGAUGAGGUUAGACAUGGCCAACUUCACCAUAGAGAUGUAUCGGCCUCUAGUGGCAGCCAACAGUGUGGACUAUGAGAAGGCCAAGUUCAAGGAGUACCUGAGAGUCAACCCUGACGGCCUGGAGGCCACCAAGGCAUGGCUACUGAGACAAGUCAGUCCGGCCACUCCGCUCGCCUCCAUGGAUGACCGUCGCGAGGUCAUAGCUCAGGCCUAUCUGGAACUGCUCACGUGGGACGAUGACAUUCCCUUUCCGGAGACACUGUUGAUGGACCAGAAGCGUUUUGUAGAGUUACGAAGUGACAUUCUACGAGCCACAGUCGCAGCUACAGUGCUGCUCCUAGUGGUAAGCGCUGUACCUCAGCUUCAAGCAAACACCGCAUUUAAACUGUCUUUGAAGGAGCAUGUGCUACUUCUACUGCAGGACACGCAUUCAAACAAAGACUUGGAAGCGGUUUUACCGAAUGUCAGUGCUCAAGCCAUCAAAGACAGCAACACCGCUUUACCUCAGGCACUGUCAGCAGAUCAAGAGAAGACAGUAGAGUCUCAACUGCUUCAAGUCUCCUCCGUAGAUCAUAAGAUACGACAGCUUGUUUUUUCCAGGAUCAAAGAGUUCCUACACAAGAUGAUCACAUCGGUUGUGCCUACGCAGUUGCAGAUCCCCGCAGGGUUGACAACUUUCACCAAAGAGAUCUCUGCUUUGGCUGCGAGGUUUCAUCGCCUUGUGUCACACAACCGCAAGGUCUUUGGUGAAUACUACACAGAGAUUCUUGAAUCUCAUCCCGAACAAGUAGUUUCAGAUACUUAAUACUAAUUAAUUUAAGUUUUACUAACUUCAGCUUAACAAAUUCAUAGUAGAACUCUCGACUAAUAAGUUAAGCAUUCUUAUAAAAUUACCUAACCUGUGAAAUGAAACCCUGCCAAUCUAUCAAUUUUUAUAUAGUGACGGACACUUGUAUUCAACGUAAGAAAAAAACAUCAACCAAUGUCUGCUACUUGAAUAAACAAGAAAUUAAGUCUAGGAUAAAGAUGUACAUGCAAAGUUAUAUUGAAAAUUAGCUGUCUAUAAUUCCAGAGUUUAAUAUAGUUUGCUAGACACAAUUCAUAGAUACCUACAUAUUAAUGAGGCCAAUUUCAAACUAAUUCUGAAAAUCAAGAGUUCUACUAUGAAAAUAACAUUUUAUUACUCUUGUCCAGCUUUCAAUUACUCGACAAAAAUGCUGGUGGUGAUCAAUUACCAGAGAUCAAAUAAAUUUAACCACUUAAUAAUAAUAUUACAUCCAGAAAUCAAGAUAAAGGAGCAUGAUGAUUCUUUUUGCAGCUAUGACUAUUUUUACGAAAUAAUAUUUUGAACUGUCAUGUUUAUUUUUUUGUUUUUAAUAGUAUGAAGAAGACUGGCAGUGAACCACUCAGUUUUUUAAUCUAUUGAUAACUUAUUUAGAUAAGCUAUAGCAUUUAUUUUAUAAUUAAUUACUAGGUGUAUGUUACAUUUUAUUCCUAUCCUAACCAAAUAACAUUUUAAGACGGAAAGAUUCUUGAAUGCAAGUUCUCUAGCGAGAACAAUGUCAAAUUUUUUUCUGAAGCUAAUUUUGUCUAACCGUGUAUUUAAAUUUCUUUGUCUAGAAUUUUUUUUUUAUUAAUUUGUUAAUCAUUUAUUAUAUUUUUAUUAUUAUUUAAGCAUUUUAUUUUGUUUUGAUUAUCCAAAUAAUUUAAAAUCUGAACCUCCACUUUUGCAAUUAGUUUGAAUAUUAUUUUUGUUGUCUAAUUAUUUUACCUCGGAUAGUAAAUUAAUUUAUGGAAAAUUAUGUGGGAAGGGCAGUUAAAAAUGGUAUAACUCUAGUG